GAGCUCAUCGCUCCUCCGGCGCUUCCCUCCCUAGCGUCCUUUUCAGUCAGCCAGGAGCAGUCGAUCGCCGAGCCAGCAGCAUUAUUCAGCAGGAAACGCGGUACCGCUCAGCAUGUUUCGCAAUCAGUAUGAUAACGAUGUUACUGUUUGGAGCCCUCAGGGCCGUAUUCAUCAGAUUGAGUAUGCAAUGGAGGCCGUGAAGCAGGGCUCUGCCACCGUUGGACUGAAGUCCAAAACUCAUGCUGUGCUUGUAGCUUUAAAGAGGGCACAGUCAGAACUGGCAGCUCAUCAGAAGAAAAUUCUUAAUGUGGACAAUCACGUUGGUAUUUCCAUUGCCGGUCUCACUGCUGAUGCCCGUCUGCUAUGUAACUUCAUGCGGCAGGAGUGUCUCGACUCUCGCUUCGUCUUCGAUCGCCCCCUUCCAGUUUCCCGACUGGUCUCUCAGAUUGGAAGCAAAACCCAAAUUCCAACUCAGCGUUACGGGCGGCGACCAUACGGCGUUGGGCUGCUCAUUGCUGGAUACGACGACAUGGGACCCCACAUUUUCCAGACCUGCCCCUCCGCCAACUACUUUGACUGUAGAGCGAUGUCCAUCGGAGCGAGGUCUCAGUCAGCACGCACUUACCUGGAGCGACACAUGUCAGAGUUUCUGGACUGCAACCUGAAUGAGCUGGUGAAACAUGGACUGCACGCCCUGAGAGAAACUCUCCCUGCAGAGCAGGAUCUCACUACUAAGAAUGUUUCUAUCGGCAUCGUCGGCAAAGACACCGAGUUUACCAUCUACGAUGACGAUGAUGUUGCCCCAUUUCUUGAGGGCUUGGAAGAAAGACCUCAGAGGAAGACUGCGCCCUCUGCUGAUGAACCAGUAGAAAAGCAGGAGGAGCCUAUGGAGCACUAAAUUAGAAGCUUAUGAAAACCGCACUCUAAACCUGCCCCCGAGGACUUGAUGAAACUUUGCUUCCGCUUGUGGAUCCAUUUCUACAUACAUAAUACUAAUCUGGGGAAAAAAUCGGCUUAAGGCAUUGCCUCGUAUUUUGUAUGAUAUUGUGGUUACAGUUGUAUAAGCGACUGAAAAAUAAAGGGUAUUUUUCCUCUUGA